AAUAGAGGAUGGUUAUCAGGACAAUUAUAAAUAUGAUAGAGAAUAUUUUGACUAUUCAGAAACGGAUAAUGAAGGUUUAUAUGCAGAUAUCGAAGUAUACAAUGAGGCUUUGGCUGAAGGCAUAGAAACUGUUGAUGAAGCUCA